AUGUCGAAUACAAUAACGAGAACACAACUUCCGCCCACAAGAAGUGGCUCUCGACGGUUGCCCCUCGAAGAAUUCAAAUCGUCUCAAGCCAUGACAGAAAAUAGAGCUCAAACACCAGAAAUUCCCAAUGAUGAUUUGGUUCAAAUGAGGCAUACAAGUUCGGCCUCUCUUAUUGCUGCCUACAAUCGGGCAAGUGGAGGUCAUGCCGUGGAGACCAUUAAACCCUUGUCGAAUAACCCACUAUUGAAAUUGUCAAAGGAGGAGAAACCAAAAAGAGACUACAUCAAGUAUCCGUUCAUGCUCUAUGAAGAUUCUGAUCAUUACUAUUAUUCCGAUAAUAGUCAAAACUUUUGGCAAGAAACUCGAUCCAAUAUGGAGGAGAGUAAGAAUGAAAAAACAAAAGAUAUUUCAUCCGGAGUUACCAAUUUCGAGGAAGGUGAUGAUGAAUUGAGGGAAGAAUUGUAUGAUGUACAUACACAAACAAAAGCAAAAACAUUGUGGGCCCUUAGUAGCGGUCUCUCAACGCUCGAGAAGAGCUCAAGUCCAUUUGGAAGAGAUGAAAAAGUUGUAAAUUUAGACGUAAAGUCAAUAAUAUCUCGGCCGUCAUCAUCAAGGUCGAGCCGUUCUGCGAGAAGCAAUCCCCUAGUACCAGGCCCAUUCAGGGAUUUAAUUGAUGCUGUGGAUGCGUCGGGAACCAAAUUUCAAGAAAUUGAUGAAAGUAAGGAUCCAACCAAGAGAACCUACAUGACGGAUGCUCGUGGUCGAUCGGUCUCUUCCAUCUAUCAUCCCAAUACAAAGAGGCCAUCUCGAAUCAGUAAUCUAGUCGAGAAUGUUGCCAUCACUAACGAAUCCCUCUAUACCUAUAUUUCGACUGAAAAUGUCACAAUCCUUGAUUUGGAGAGGUGUGUGGACAUUGACAAUAAGGUUUUGAAAAGCAUUGGAGAAUUUUGUCCCCGUUUGAAAUCUUUGAACUUGCAGCACUGCUCUCAAUUACGAGAUAGCACCAUUCGAAUAAUAGUCAAUGGAUGCGCAGAUUUACAGAAUAUUAAUAUUGGAAUGUGUCACCUCAUUACUGACGACAGCAUUGUAGAAAUAUUUACACACUGUAGAAAAUUGACUGUUAUGUCCCUUCAUUCAUGCGAGUUGGUGACUGGAGAAAUUUCGUUCCCUCUCACAAAAAACACACCUAAUCUCCAAGUUGUAGAUAUUAGUUAUUGUACAAAAUUCUCUGACAUUGCACUCCAAUUUCUCUCAGAAUACUGUCCAAAUUUGCAUCAUUUAGACAUAAGUGGAUGUCCUUUAAUACAGGAUGAAGGACUAAUAUCGAUUUGUAAACACUGCCCACAAUUGAGGACUUUGAGAGCCACCAUAUUGUCACAACCGACCAUAACCAACGAGACGUUGUCCUUCAUUACAAACUAUGCAAGAGGAGUUGAGGUACUUGAACUGAGUGGAGUGUUCCAAAUACGAGAUCAAACCGUUCAAGAAAUUUGUAAAUUCGCACAACGGCUAGAAUUUCUUUCAUUGAGUGGAUGCCCGCAAAUUACAGAUGCCAGUAUUCAUACCAUUUCAGAGACAUGUCACAAUUUAAAAUGUCUUGAGGUUGCUGGUUGUAGAAAAAUUGGAGUUCAAGCACUCUUAGAACUCAUUCACAAAGUAACAAAAUUAAGGAGACUCGUGGUCACACGUUGCAACAUUUCUGCGGAGGAGUUGGACAUUCUCCAAAAAUUCACCAAUGGCAGAGUGGCUGUAUUGAAGCAAGAACCAAAGCCCAAAGAAAUCAUUCGAGAAUACUUCACCAUCGAGAAGGAGCAACCAAAAAAGAAGAAGAAAGUUGUCAAGAAGAAGGACAAGAAAGCCAAAUAA